AUGGCUAAGGAAAGCAAGCUGACGACGGCCGGAGUGGCCCUGCGGCUGGCCGCCGUCGCCGUGUGCGUGCUGUGCGUGCUGCCGGCGAUGGCCCGCGCGCAGCUCCGGGUGGGGUUCUACGACACCAGCUGCCCCAACGCCGAGGCGCUCGUCCGCCAGGCCGUCGCGGCCGCCUUCGCCAAGGACGCCGGCAUCGCCGCCGGCCUCGUCCGCCUCCAUUUCCACGACUGCUUUGUCAGGGUGGACGCGGGGCUGAGCCCGUCGUACGCGGCGCUGCUACGCGCGCUGUGCCCGUCGAGCACGACGCAGACGACGCCGAUCACGACGGCCAUGGACCCUGGGACGCCCAACGCGCUGGACAACAACUACUACAAGCUCCUGCCACGCGGCAUGGGGCUCUUCUUCUCCGACAACCAGCUGCGCGUCAACACGCAGAUGGCCGCGCUGGUGAGCAGCUUCGCGGCGAACGAGACGCUGUGGAAGGAGAAAUUCGCGGCGGCGAUGGUGAAGAUGGGCCGCAUCCAGGUGCAGACGGGAACGUGCGGGGAGGUCCGUCUCAACUGCGGCGUCGUCAACCCGAGUUCAUACUCGUCGCCGUCGUCGACGGUGGAGCUGGGUUCGAGCGCGCCAGCCGUCGAUGAAGAGAGCUACGCCGCGAGCUAG